AUUUUGUGUUUAUUCUCUAGGUCAGGAUGGCUAUUGGGUUGGCUUCCCACCUGGUGCCCUACAUCUCCACUGCUCCUUAAAGAAGCUGAAGAGAAAAUGCUAAAAUGUGUCCCAUGCACUUACCAAAAAGAGUCUGUUCUUGUAUCUAAUGGAAAUAAAAUAUGGACACUGAAGUUCUCUCAGGAUAUUUCAAAUAAGACUCCACUUGUCCUCCUCCAUGGUUUUGGAGGCGGCCUCGGACUGUGGGCGCUGAAUUUUGGAGCUCUUUCUACCGACAGGCCCAUCUACGCUUUUGACCUGUUGGGCUUUGGACGGAGCAGUAGACCCAGGUUUGACAAUGAUGCGGAGGAAGUGGAGAACCAGUUUGUGGAAUCCAUCGAAGAGUGGAGAUGUGCGCUGGGGCUGGACAGAAUGAUCCUGCUCGGUCACAACCUGGGGGGCUUCUUGGCUGCCGCCUACGCGCUGAAGUACCCGCUGAGGGUCAGUCAUCUCAUCCUAGUGGAGCCAUGGGGUUUUCCCGAACGCCCAGACCUCGCCGAUCAGGACAGACCGAUUCCAGUGUGGAUCCGAGCCUUGGGAGCAGCACUGACCCCGUUUAACCCCCUAGCUGGCCUCAGGAUCGCAGGACCCUUUGGUCUGAGUCUCGUGCAGCGGCUGAGGCCAGAUUUCAAGCGGAAGUACUCGUCGAUGUUUGAGGAUGACACGGUGGCAGAGUACAUCUACCACUGCAACGUGCAGACGCCCAGCGGUGAGACAGCCUUCAAGAACAUGACCAUCCCGUACGGCUGGGCCAAGAGGCCCAUGCUGCUGCGCAUUGGCAAGCUGCACCCUGACGUGCCAGUGACGGUGAUCUUUGGUGCACGCUCCUGCAUAGAUGGCAACUCAGGCAGCAGCAUCCAGGCCCUGCGACCACGGUCCUAUGUGAAGACCAUAGCCAUCCUCGGGGCGGGGCACUACGUGUAUGCAGACCAGCCCGAGGAGUUCAACCAGAAGGUGAAGGAGAUCUGCAGCUCGGUGGACUGAGCUGGGCGGCUCCCCAGCAGGAGCAGCGCAGACGAGUGG